CUCACCCCACCCCGGAUCCGGCCUCCCGUAACCCGUCCUGCCCGUCCUGCCUGUCCUGCCACCACCCUCCUGCCUGCCCGGCAACCCUGCCCGCUUCCAGCCCGCUUCCAGCCUCCUUGCAACCUCCUUCCAGCCUCCUUGCAACCCUCUUCCAACCUCCUUGCAACCCUCUUCCAACCUCCUUGCAACCUCCUCGCAACUUCCUUGCCCAUCUUGCAACUCCCUCGCACCCUUCUUCCAAACUUCUUGCCCGUCUCCCAACCUUCUCGCCCAUCUCACGACCCUCCUGCCCGCUCACCAUGUCCGUCACCAUCACCAGGAAGACGGUGAGAAGCAGCUCGGUCGUACCCGGCCGUUCUUUCAGCUCCCACUCCUACACCGCCGGCCCCGGAGUGAGGAUGAGUACGGCUUCAGCCUUCGGUGGCUACGGUGGGAGCCGUUACGGAACCGGGCUGUACCGGGGUCCAGCCGUCCUGCCUGGGACGGGGGGUGGCAUCACGGCCGUCAGCAUCAACCAGAGCCUCCUGACACCCCUCAACCUGGAGAUCGACCCCAGCAUCCAGCGGGUGCGCAAGGAGGAGAAGGAGCAGAUCAAGACCCUCAACAACAAAUUCGCCUCCUUCAUCGACAAGGUCCGGUUCUUGGAGCAGCAAAACAAGAUGCUGGAGACCAAGUGGAGCCUCCUGCAGAACCAGAAGACCACCCGCAGCAACAUGAGCGGGCUCUUCGAGGCGUACAUCGCCAGCCUGCGCCGCCAGCUCGAGGGCCUGGGCCAGGAGCGCCUGCGCCUGGAAGCCGAACUGGGCAACAUGCAGGGGCUGGUGGAGGAGUUCAAGAACAAGUACGAAGAAGAGAUCAACCACCGCACCGAGAAGGAAAAUGAGUUUGUGCUGCUCAAAAAGGACGUGGACGAAGCCUACAUGAACAAGGUGGAGCUGGAGUCACGGCUGGAGAGCUUGACCGAUGAAAUCAAUUUCUUGAGGCAGCUUUAUGAUGAGGAGCUCCGGGAGCUGCAGUCUCAGAUCUCCGACACCUCCGUCGUCCUCUCCAUGGACAACAACCGCAGCCUGGACCUGGACGGGAUCAUCGCCGAGGUGAAGGCGCAGUACGAGGACAUUGCCAACCGCAGCCGCGCCGAGGCCGAGAGCAUGUACCAGAUCAAGUACGAGGAGUUGAAGACGACAGCCGGGAAGCACGGGGACGACCUGCGCAACACCCGCAGCGAGAUCAACGAGCUCAACAGGCUGAUCCAGAGGAUCCAGGCGGAAAUCGAGGCGCUCAAGAACCAGCGAGCCAGCCUGGAGACGGCCAUUGCGGAGGCGGAGGAGCGCGGGGAGCUGGCCCUGAAGGAUGCCAGGGGGAAGCUGGCCGAGCUGGAGGCAGCUCUGCAGAAGGCGAAGCAGGACAUGGCCCGGCAGCUCCGCGAGUACCAGGAGCUCAUGAACGUCAAGCUGGCCCUGGACAUCGAGAUCGCGACCUACAGGAAGCUGCUGGAGGGAGAGGAGAGCAGGCUGGAGUCCGGCAUGCAAAACCUGAGCAUCCACACCAAGACGACGGGGUACUCGGCAGCCGGCUUUGGCGGGGGCUUCGGGGGGGGCUUCGGCACCUCCUUCGCCAGCGCCGGCUACGUUGUGCCCCCCCCCGCCCUGGAGAGCUCGCCCCUCACCAAGUCCCGCGCCAUCGUCAUCAAGAAGAUCGAGACCCGCGACGGCAAGCUGGUGUCCGAGUCCUCCGACGUCCUGGCCAGCUGAGCACCCCCCCUCCCCGGGGGGGUCCCUCCGCAGGAGCCUUUGGUGGCCGGAUCCGGCCCGCAGGCGGAUGGGACCCCCAGCAACCCCUACCACCCCAGGGCAACCUG